AUGCGGCGAUCCCGGAGAUCAGCUGUUGAGAUACUAGCAUCCGAUUCCCCAGACGAAAUCGACUUAUGCAGCUAUGCUCCUCCCCGUCGGCAUAAAAAAAGCGCAGGCACGCCUGCCGUCGAGAUACUUGACUCUACUUCAAGAUUAGCCUCUAGUAGAAAUAGCAUUGGGGUUGAGAUUCAAAGUAGAGAGACGAUCACCAGUGGGCAGCCUACCACUCGAGAUAGAACAGCCCGUCAGAUUUCUCCAUCUAACACCGAUGCUACUUUGGAUGUUAUCCUUGUAGAUCACACGAGCUCCGUGGAAUCCGAAUGCGAUGCAGAUGACGAGAGCGAUGAGGAGCCUCAAUUUCCGUGCUCCAGGCGCAGUACUACGAAGCCCCAGACUGUCCCUAGCGAGAUCCCACUCUCCGACCCAAAGUCUUCCAUAUGGGUAGGUCGAGAGGGAACCAACAUUGCGGUAGUUAUUCCUUCGAAUAAGCCUCGGCUAUAUCUAGGGCAAACAUCUGUUUCGAGGCUCAAUGCCGUCCCUAGCAGAAGCAGAGGGAGCCCAAAGAGAGUUGUGCUAGUCGAGGGUGGGCGAAAGAUACUUGAAGGCAACAAAAUGCCAAACCCCUACCAGAGUUCCCUUCGUCCACGUCGCGCGCGGGCAGCAGUCUCAACAUACAGCGACUCUGAAAAUAGCUUUACCUUCAGCAACCCUAUGGACGUUGACGAUGGCCCCAAUAGCGAGACCGUCAGUGGUGAUACUGAUUACGAUGAUUCCUCUAAAUCCGUCGAGCCACCAGCCACUGAAAUUGACGACAAUGAUAUCUCUCUAGAAGAGUCUGACAUUUCCCUCCCCCCUACGAAACGCCAGAAGGUGUCUAUUUCACCUAAAUCCAAGAAGGCUGCUGCCAAACCUCCGAAAAAGACCAUUGCUGUUAAACGCCGUGCCCAGCCAGCUGCUACAAAGAAGCCUAAGGCACCAAAGUCAAGCUCGACAAAACUGCCGGUUUCCCGUCGCAAGACAAAAUCGGGUUCUUCUUCCCAAUCCGCAUCCGCCUCUGACGAUGAACCACCCGAUGAAGAAGAAGCCCCAGAGGAAGAAGUGGUGAACGGUUCUAAGCCAAAGGCUGCUGUUAAGUGGAAUGACACGUUCAAGUACGGGCUCGGUUUUGAUAACAUGCUUCCACCGAUCAACACUGUGAGAGCUGCGUUCGAAGAUCUGUUUGACCGAUCAAAGGAGAUCGGAUUUAACAAAUACCUGCGCCAUCUUGAUAAACUUGGCAAUCGUAACCUGACAGUGGCGACCAUGUGCUCAGGUACCGAAAGCCCCAUGCUAGCUUUAGACCUGCUUGGGCAAAUUCGUGCAGAAGCCGAAAAUGGUGCCGCAUUUGGGGUUGAUCACAAAUUUAGUGCGGAGAUUGUGCCUUUCAAACAAGCAUAUAUCUAUCGGAAUUUUGAGCCAGGUGUCGUCUUCCGGGACAUUACGGAACUCUUCGCUCUUGAGGGCCAUACACGUGCGGAGGCUGAAAACAAGUUCAAGAUGAAAACUGCACAUGGAGGGUCGGCCAUUGUUCCAGGUGACAUAGACCUUCUUGUUGCCGGCACUUGUUGUGUAGAUUUUUCAACACUCAACCGUGCUCGCAAAACCCUUGCAGACGGCGGCGAAUCUGGUGAUACCUUUUACGCGAUGCUUCAUUAUGCCAGGGUCUAUAGACCAAGAGUGAUCAUCCUAGAAAACGUUUCCGGCGCGCCAUGGGAUGGUGAGAAGAACAAAAGUGAUUCGAAGGUUGGCAUGAAUACCGAGCUAGAAGAGAUUGGAUAUGAGUCACGGUCCUUGAAGCUAGAUACCAAGGAGUAUGGUAUUCCCCAUACCAGACUACGUGGCUAUUUGAUCGCCGUCGACACAAAAUGCGACAGGGCGAAGAAGAUCGACAUCGCUGAUCGGCUCGACAAGUGGGUAGAGCGCAUUGCUGCACUGAAGAGGCCUGCCAGCAGUCCCGCAGAACAAUGGCUUCGUCGCUCGGACGAUCCUCUUCUAGCCGCUUCCGGCGGCGCCUGGCUCAGUGAGACCCAAAAGGCAACGAAGGCACCUAAGUGGGAAGCAUGCAAAUGUAACCAUCACUCUUACCGCCAUUUUUUGGCUCUCGGCAUGAAGAGAACUUUAACCAACUGGGUUGAUGACGGCCACUUUGAAUUACCGGAUUAUUACAACCGCAAUCUCAAAGGCUAUGUUGAACGUGUGCUAGACACACUUGAGGUUGCUCAUCUUCGAAACCUCACACGAGGCUUCGAUGAUCGGUACUAUGCUCGUAUCCUCGAGCUAUCCCAAAAUGUCUUCCGUGUCACCGAUACUAUUAAAGAGGGUAUCGUUGGCUGCCUGACGCCGACCGGCUUUCCAUUCCUUACAACACGUGGCGGGCGCAUCCUUGGAGCCGAAGCCUUGAGUCUCCAAGGCCUACCCGUCGAACAAUUGGACUUGUGCCGCUUAAACCAAGCUGAACUUCAAAAUCUGGCUGGCAAUGCGAUGACCUCCACUGUCGUUGGCACUUGCAUUGUAGCCGCACUCAGUAGCUUUUAUGACUUCUUUGGGUAUAAGGCCAUUUCGCAACAGAAAGUCGAAACUGUCACUCCGGAGGUAGCAGGUGUAAAUUUCGUCAAGAAACGCUUAGCUGCAGCAUCAUAUGAGAAGCUGUCGCCCACAGACGCCAUUGCAGAGGCUAGACUAACCCGCCGGCUGUGUUAUUGCGAACGAGACGAAAAGAAGAAGUUGACCUUCCAGAAAUGCAAGGUGUGCCAGCACACAACUUGUACUUCAUGUGGAAAGUCGCCAACUCAUCAAUACGAGCCCAUGGAUGAGUUCCUUAUUAAAGCUCGAAAGGAUCCAGUCGAAUUCGAGAUGCGCUUGAGAAACUCGGUUCCGAUGCGCAUUCGCUUCACCGAUCUUAGCUCUCCAGAGUUAGAGAAGGCGCUCGCCAACAUUAGGCAAUGCCAUGGCGUUGAUAUUGACACCGAGACGUGGAAGAUGAUCCUAGGGUGCGUCCACAAGGCCCUAGAGUCCGAGGUGUUCUUCAGAAGCGUCAGACGAGCAGAAUGCUGGGAGGUUCAAUAUGACUCGCCAUACGCAAAACUGAUGCUGACAAUUUCUGAUUCCCAAGUCAGAUGGGACUUGUACGCCAACCUUCCAAAUGAACCCCUUGGUACUCCUUUAGGGAAGUAUCUACGGCAGUUUUCAAUUGCUCGUAUGAUCCCAACUGAGAAUGACCUUACUCAAGGCCCCUGGAAGCUCUGGCUUCCUAAGAAGCAUGAGUUUGAUGUCGACCUCUCCCUCACCGGACCUAUGGUACCAUCAUAUCAAGACCACUGUGGGUUAGCCGCUUUUACGGAUACCUCCGUGUGCACCAAUAUUCGUGUUGAUAUUGCAAACUUCGAUCCAAAAUAUUUUGACAUCGACAUCCGCGGCGAGUAUGAAGCUUUCCAGUCAUGUGGACAGGCAUUCAACUCAUUACACGUCAAGAAGUCCACAAGCGGAUCCACGGCCCCUCUGUUCUUUUUCCUCGAGCAGCACUUGCGUUCUGGCGACCCCAAUGAUCACUUUUUCGUUUUUACAAAAGAUAACAGAAGACUCGAGAAAUUAGAGCAUCGAGAGGCAAUUGCACGAGUCAACAAAUCGUUCCGUCUUCCGCAUGCCCAUCGCAUUGAAAGUGCUAAAGGGCAGAAGGCACAGAAAUUCAAGUUCGAUGACUCGAAAGACAACUUCGACCCCCUAAAGGACACGAAACAGAUGAGAGUCAAGAUCACGGUUGAUGGUGCCUGGGCAGACUUUGAACCCAUUACUUUCAACUCUCGGGUUCAUGAGGAUGUGUACUAUCGUCAACUCCCAAAGGAUGUCUCACAAGUGGCUAGUACUUCAUGUCACAAACAGCUGGCCGUCUUUAUGUGCGAAGCCCCGAUCAAGGGUAAAUUCCGGCGAUGGCCUUCUGAUCGAUGGAUCGAACUCAAUACCGCUAAGGAGGCCGACUUUACUAAUGAGUUUGGGUGGCUUCUUGAGAGGGGCCUUGUUCUGGACGGGCACCACGAACUGAGCGGCCAGUGGCACUCUAUAGCCCCAUCGCAAGGUGACUGUGCAUGUCUAAAUUGCGCGCCCGCUCCUCCUCGUCUUCUUUGGUCAAUCAACAAAAAGGGAAAACAAUUCCCAUUUGAAGAACCCGAAGACGCUUCGAAAUUUGAGCAAGCUCUAAAAACCCGACCUUCGCCAAUUUCCACUUUCGUAUCCAUUAAGGGUGGAAACAUCGCUGUGAUUAUCGGCGUAAAUCCUAAGACCCUCAUUCACAGAUCUGUUGCGAGAUUGGAGUCCAAUGUCUUCGGAGAUAACAUGAGAUCUGGAAUCUUUACGUCUUGGAGACUUAUUACCGACAGCAAGGCCGCUCCAAGUCCUCAAUUUCGACCUCUGCACUUGACAAGCAAUGCCCGCCACAAAAAGACAGAUCAACCAGCCCAAUUCCACUUUAAACUCCGCCCCGAACAACUACGCGGUCUGGCAUGGAUGGAGAUGCAGGAAUUAGAGAACAUCUUCGUCGAAACUGAAAUCGUUGAAGCCCGCCUCUCCAGUCUCGGUUACCGGGCUGAAGGACGAGCGACCAGAGAAGUCAAUGCAUCUGGGGGUGUUCUGGCUUUUGAUGUUGCUUUCGGCAAAACUGCUCUGGUUUUGGCCCUCAUCGCGAAAUCUAUGCCUAAAGCAUCGGAACAUGCCGCAAAGACAAUUAAAGGUGCCGUGCCAUUGAAGGCUACAAUCGUUUUGGUUCCCGCCCACCUCACGGGACAAUGGGAAAGCGAGGUUAAGAAAUUCAUGAAGAUGAGCCGCAAUGUUCUCGUUGUCAAGAACAUUCUAUCGUACAAGUCCAUGACCGUCGCCAAAUUUCAAGCUGCAGAUAUUAUCAUUUUCAACAUGAAUCUUCUGGACCAUGAAGGAUACAACACUUUGCUAUCCAACUUCGCCGGUAUGCCUGAAAUCGGCUUUAGAGAGAGCAAUAGAGCCAAGCUUGCCUGGCGUAAAGAGGCCGCUGCAAGAGUCAAAUCCAACGUAGAUAGGCUCUCUGCUGACCCACAAACAUUUGUGGCCCAUCUACGCAAGGAAUAUGCUGAGAACAUCGAGGAGUCCGAACGCAACGAGGCACCUAUCCCCUCAAAACGCCUCACGGGUAGCGCAUAUGUCAGUAAAAACAAGCCAUGUGACAAUGACUCGGCAUCAGACACUGAUUCCGAAGUCGACAUUGUCAACAACAAGCGCAAGAGAGGCCAGGAACCUAAGCGAGCUCAGAACCCCAAAGUUCCACAAGACCCCAAACGAAAUGUGUAUUUCUCAUCCAUCAAAAAUCGCAAGAUUCAAGAACUCUUUCCGCUACUGGAGAUGUUUUCGUUCCACCGUCUGGUCAUUGACGAAUACACAUAUUUGAAAGGGACGGAGGCGACAGUUGACCUCGUCAGAUCGGCUAAACGCUGGAUCCUUUCGGGGACACCUGCUCUGGGCUCGUUCUCUGAUAUAAAGAAGAUGGCACGCUUGAUUGGAAUCCACCUUGGAAUUGACGACCUUUCUUCUAUGAGAAGUGAUGAUUACAAAGCUGCCAUCACUGGAUUGACUACUGCUGAGCAUUUUAGGUCGUAUCUAGAAGUCCCGAGCGUGGUGUGGAAGCAUCAUCGCCAUCUGCUGUGCCAAACAUUCCUCGACCAAUUUGUCAGACGUGAUGAGGCUGAUUUGGGGACAAUUACGAUGACAACCACCUACCGAAUCGUCGUCCCUCCCCGCUCAGAGUGGGCUAUGUACCAAGAAAUCCAACAGCGAGCGGCUGCUAUGGAGUUCGACCGAAGCAGUAAGAGAUUUAGGGGUUCUGGAACGGAUGCGGAGGAGCAAUUUGCGCUUGCCAUAGGGAACAGCCAUGAUCUCCGUGAAGCCCUGAUCUUCCGCGCUGCGCACCCGAGAUUAUUAGACGAUGAUGUUGAGUUUGACAGCGAACUCCGGGGCGUAGAGGAUCGCAUUUUGUGCCUUCGCAAGAACGAUCAAGCCAACAUGGAGGCCAUCAUCAAAGACGCCUUGACAAAAGCGGUAUGGCUUCAAAAUAACCAAGAAAAAGGUGUUAACCCUCCAAAUUUUACCGACUGGAAAUCUCGGGUCAAGGAGAACGUUUACGGGGAUGAGGAUGCCACGAAGAGCCUUUGUGAGCUCAUCGACCAAGCCUCGAACCAAUACGAUCGAGAUGGCUGGACAAGCUUUUACCGUAUCGCGGAUGACAAGGAUAAAGAGCGCCAGCACCUAGUUGUGAAACCCAAAGGGAAGGUGGUCUCCGGAAGUAACCAGCACCUGUAUCAAUCAGAACUUCAGCUCCGGAUUGUGACAACCCAAUUGAGUCGCCUAGGAGAGUACUACGCCAAUCAGCGCCGAUCUUUGCGCUUCUUCGAAAAUCUCAAUCGGCUGCGCAGAACGUCACUCAGUUGCGGAAAGUGUCGAACCAAGAACAUUAACCCCAAGGAGGUCACUCUCCUCACAAAAUGCGGCCAUAUGAUCUGUAACGCAAAUCAGUGUCAGGUUAAUACAAAUGACACUUGUCCGGUCUGCAAAUCAACGAACCACAAAUACCAGAGAAUCCUUGUCUCCGAUCUUGAAAACCAAUCAAGUUCGCUUCCGAGCUCGAAUUUCGGUCAGAAAUUGAACGAGAUCACAACCCUUAUUGGUAAUGAACUCCAUGAAGAAGACAAGGUUUUAAUAUUCGCCCAGUUUUCGAAUAUUCUUGACACGGUCAAAGCUGCUCUAGAGCAUGCGACGAUUCCGUUUGUUGAUCUUAGCAAGACUAGAGACCCUUCCAAGACCCUUCUCAAAUUCCAGAGUGAUGGUCCUGAGAUAUCCAAGGUUCUUGUUCUGGACAUUGAUGAUGCCUCUGCAGCUGGAAGCAAUCUCACGUGCGCAAAUCAUGUCAUAUUCGUUUCGCCGUAUUACGUGAAGGGUUCGGGCGCUCAAGAGAAGUGGCGUGCAACCAUGACUCAAGCAAUUGGUCGCAUUCGUCGGUAUGGACAGCAGAAAGAGGUUAAAGUGUAUCACUUUGCGACCCAGAAUACGAUUGAUGUGGAUAUCAUUGAACAGCGAGAGAAUAGCAUGCUUGUUCAGUCCUCCCAACGGGGUCUGGGUACGCUGAAACCGCGACUCCAUGGCCAGUCACGCCCACUCUCGAGUGCGGUCGCUCAUCUUCUCUUCCGAAGAGAAGAUUAUGAGUGA